AUGCCCCACGGGGCAAUUUCCAGUGACAGGCAGCAGUUGCGCAGCUUUCCUGGAAGCAGGGAAGCAGGACUCAGCCAGGACAGCGGCACGGAGGGGAAGGCGUGGUUCUCCUACCGAGGGUCUCAGUCCUGCAGUCCUCAGCGGCAGCGGGACUUGGAUCCUGAAGGUGUGGCUCACCCCAUCUCUCGAGAGUGCCACCAGGGCCUGGGGCUGUUUGUCAAGAAUCCUAUCCCUGAAGCCCAGCCUAUCUGCCACCUGGGAGGUGAUGCAAGGGCCGGCAAGAUCUCCUGGGCACACGAGGCUCGUGCUUUCCAGACUCUGGGGACUCCAGGCAGCUGGGCCCAGCUAAAAGGGGGCCGCCACCUCUGCCCCUGGUGCUCUGCACAGCAGCUCCAGUGCCACUGUGCAGUGCCCUCUCAGCUGGCCACAGACAUGACGGAGAAGUGCCUGAUGGCCAAGCAGAUCAAGGAGUACAAGGGGGUCUUUGAGAUGUUCAAUGAGGAGGGCAAUGGGGCUGUGAAAACGGGUGAGCUAAGGCACCUCAUGAGCCUGUUGGGCAUCAACCGCACCAAGAGCGAGCUGGUCUCCAUGGCCAAAGAUGUAGACAGAGACCAUAAAGGCUUCUUCAACUGCGACAGCUUCCCGGCUCUGAUGGGGAUUUACUCAGAGAAGGCCCAAAACCAGGAGAGCAAGCUGAGGGCAGCCUUUUGCGUCUUUGACAAAGAGGGCAAGGGCUACGUCGACUAGGACACGCUCAAGUAUGUACUCAUGAACGCGGGCGAGCCCCUCAACGAGGUGGAGGCCGAGCAGAUAAAGGAGGCCGAAGAUGGGGACAGGACCAUCGACCCUGAGGUGUUUGUGGCCAUGAUGACCCGAGAGUCCUUCAAACUGGUUCAGUAG